GAGAAUCCCAUGGACGGCACGCACAGACUUCUCAGUUGUCUACAUCAGGAUCCGUCGCUGUGGCUAUGUUUAACUGCUACCACAAAAUCAUGAAAACUUUAACGCGGUGAAGCCCGAUAAAUUGGAAGAGGCUGGCAGUGGUUGAAUACCAUGGAGGCGAAAAACGCGGAUUCAGAUACUUCUGCGUAUCAGAUAGUCUUUUCCGCCCUUGAUGAGCUGGAAUUGGAUUCUCUAAAGUUUUUUUUCAAGAAGAAUGUUCUGGAGGAUGAAAUGUUAUUUCUCAUGAAGUCUGAGAAGGAACUUCGAGACGUUCUUACGAAGGAAUUGGCUUUAGCCUUUGGUCCGGCCUUCAAAUUUAGUAGACACUGGUUCAGCACGUGUUAUAAACAUAAAGAACAAAGGGAAAGUCAAGUACAAACCACAGAAGGAAAAGCAACAACUCCUAAUGGAAAUAAUGAAUCAUUUCCAACAACAGCAAUUCAUGGAAGCCAGCACGAAGAUGGUCAAGAAUGUGGAAUUCAAGGAGGAACCAAUGUUGAUCAACAAACAGAGCUCCCGAAAAAAUCCCCCUAUUCCAGCGAAGAAAACGGUAAACAAAAUUGCAAGAAGCAGCUAAGGAAAGAAGGAGAGGCUCAAAGCACAGCAGAUCCUAAACGCUCUUUUAUAGGUCCGAUACCAAAUGACACCAUAGAAAGGGAAAGUGGCAAGUUUGAAAAUGAGAAAGAAGAAUCAAUAGGUGAUAGCUCUCUAAGGAAUAUUCCCUGGAGUGACAGAAACAAUAACUCUGUUACUGAAAGGACAAGUUCUGCACAGUCAGUUGGGACAACAGGUACAGAAAAACCUAACCAGAGCGUGGAAAAGGUGCCGUCUCAAGACGGCUGUGCUGGAAUUGACAAUGGCCCCUUUUCUGUUCCCAACUCGUCGAGUUCUUCAAUACCACGAGAUGCUGGGCUGCCACAAAUCAGACCUCAAACGGGUGGAGCUAAGAAACAAAGUUUAUCAACAGAAGGACACGACGCAAAGAACUCUCCGUCAGUACAAGUCUCAAAAUGCAUUGGAAGACCCUUUGGGGUUAAAGUAAACGAAAGCAACAUCAGUUACAAUAAAGGUUUUGUCUUAGAUGCAGAAGAAAACAAAGAGGUCGAAUAUAAAUCGUUUUCAAGUGCCCAACCUUCAAUUCUGCCUUGGAAAAUUAUGGAGAAGACUAAAAAGUUCAUCUGCGCUUGCUUAAAUGCUGGCAGUAAAGGGAUCAUUUAUUUUGGAGUUGGAGAUAAUCAAGAACAGAACUCCAAAUUCCUACAUGGAGAAAUAAUCGGCCUUGAGGUUGAGAACAUCAAAGACGACAUCACUAAAGCUCUUCAGUUUCUCCUUGAUAAUCACAUCAAGAGCGACGAUGGACCGCUACAAAAAGGAGGAGAACAGAAUUGCAUCAACAUUCAUUUUGUCCCUGUGACGUGUCAAGGGAAUCAUGCCAAUCUAUACGUCGUUGAAAUAGAGGUUUCCCGAGACUGGCGAUUCUGCAAAGACAACGUUUUUCACUCCAAAAGCUGGAUCGAGAAGCCAGGAGGGAGCAAAGAUUUCACUGCAAAGAGAGGACUGAAUGACCUUUUUAAAGUCAAAGAUACGUGGGAUGACGUUGCAAUCCGUACCAAGGGAGCAUCUACUUGUGUGAAGCAACAUGAAGUAAAAAGGCAAGUGAGGGAGCCUUUAGAGACGAAGUACAAGGAGUGGAAAAGGGAAGCAAAGCUUGGUGCAAACGAAUUUACAGGUGGACACAACCCAGACGAUCCUGAUUUCAAGAUGUACAACACGAUGGUGAGAGAACGACUGUUUGACGUGAACAUUAAAGAUUAUCACUACAUUCUAGUUGCCAACAAGGUGCCUCCCCAGUACAGAGGCACUCCUCAUCUAUCAUUUCUGCAAAGCAUUCCUUGGGUAGCCGUUUUUGAUCUGUUUGACGCUGCGUCGAAGAAAGAUGGGUUAUAUUUCAUCUGCAACGAGACAACGGACGCACGUCGUGCAAAUGUGAAGACCCUGGAUGACUUUAAAAACAUCUCGUCGGACUGGAAUGCCAGCAAGGAUUGCCCACUGACUACGAGAGGUACAACUUGGAUUUUACAGUUGAAGCAGCUGCAAGACGAAGAGUGGAUAACAUGUUCAGCCAAGGACUAUUUCUAUCGCACACUCUCUGCUUACAAGCAGUAUUUCCCUGCCGGAAGACUGGUUAUUGCAAUUCUUGGUCUUGGGGAGAACGCAGUCAUGGAGAUGUCAGAUAUUGCAGAAAGCUGUUUUAGCAUACUUGGUGGAGAAAUUGCAAGAAAAUGUGUCACCAUCAUCAGUGAAAGCAAGAAUUUCUCAGAUGCAUUAAUAAAGAAUUCAAAGUCAGCCUUACGAAAUCAGCUGAGAGAAUGCUCCCUCACCGACCUCUCAUGGGAUCUGCUGAGAGAAAUUGUUCGAGAAAUGGUUGGACCUGGCGAAUUUAUGGAGAGAGGAGCUACCACGAAACUUCCCUAUUUUACCGGCCAAAAGGAAGUCCUGAACAAAGUUAUUCAUUCUUGGGAUGAUCUCGAGGUUUACUGCCCAGAACCUCGAUUACCAAACGCGACAGAGGAUAUUGAGAAAGCUAGGAAUGCCUUUUAUAAAGGCACACAAGCCAGCCAAAUUAACUUGCUUUACAAUCACACCAUCGAAAGAACCCUGGAACAAGAGAUAACUCAAAAGAUUGAGCAGGCGGUAAAAACACUAAGAAACCCUAGCCCAAGCGGUGAUCGCAUUUGUUCUGUGAAGACAUUCACUGUUCCGUAUGAACCAGGAUCUGGCGCAACGACUCUCUGUCGCAGAAUUCUGUGGAACAAGCGUAAAGACUACCGUUGUGCGGUCGUCAAGGCCGUAACAAAAGCUACAGAUUUUCAAAUUGAUCAGCUUCAGCGUAUAGGCUACAAUGAGAAGCAACAAAAUGUUUCACCCCCAGUUCUGGUUCUUCUCGAUAAUCUCUCCGAGUCCGACAUUCGAGGUUUGUUGGAGCGACUAAUAACGAGAGAGACAAAAUGUGUCAUAAUCGCUACCUAUCCUAUUCAAACGACUGGCUCUACAGUUGAGUUUGAAAUGAAACCACUACGGCAACUGGAUGAAAAUGAAAUGAGCCACGUCAGGAACAUCUUAAUCAACAUUACCAGAGACAGCGGACGCCGAAGAGAAGCUGAAGAGGUCCUGGAGAGAGAAAAGCGAUUUAUUUGGUUUGGAUUAGAGCUGUUUGGAAGGAAGUACGUCAAGAUAAAGGAACGACUUCAGAAUCAUAUCGAGAGUAUUUUGGCCUUCCUUGGUGAUUCACAUGGCAUACAUGAAAAACUCCUUUAUUUCUGCUGCUUUCUCCACUUCUACAGUAAUGGUUCGGGUAUCCUACCUCAUGCAUUCGUGGUUGAUGUCCUUAAUGAAUCAAGUGCUGAGACGGGUCACGAGUGUGCACGAAAGACAUCCAUUCAUGACAAAUUCGGAGGACUUCUUCUUGAAGGAUUCAGCGAAUCCUACGGAUAUCAUGGUUGGCGACCUGCACACUCCCUUGUCAGCGAAGUUGUCAAAUCACGAAUGAAUACUGGGGAAAUUGCAGUGGAGCUUUUGGAAAACACCGAGAGAGGAAGAGCGUAUGUGAAUAAAUUCCUGAGGGAAUGUUUGCGCGAACGAUCACUCACUCCUAGUCUUCCUUCUAUCUCACCAAUAUAA